UCUUACUUUACUUUACUGUGGUAACCUAGGAACGGGGCCUCCUCCUCCGCUGCAACGGCUGCUGCCUGCCUCCUCCUCCUCCUCCUCCCAGAAGCCGAGGCCGCGGAGUGCGGAGGGAAGGGGCCUCGUCCUCAAGGCGCGGAGGGAGGCAGAGAGACUAGACUAGGCGCCGGGCGGAGGAGCCCAACCAAAUUGAAAUGGAGGUCUAUGAGAUGUUCUGCAAGAGACAGCUUGAUCUGAUCCAAGGAGAGUCAGCCUGGAGAGGAACUUCCCCACCUACUCAGCACAAACAUAUUUCAUGUAUUCAUUUCAAUGGCAUUGCUGUGCUUUCUCCUCUGCUUACUUCUGAGAGAAGAAAAGAACUGCAACAAGACAGACAAAAAGCUCUGGAUUUAGUAAUAUGGCGGCAGAGUUCCAAAAAAAGAAUUCUAUUGAAUCGCAUUCAAGAGAUUGUGGAAAAUGUGCAGAUGAAGAAAUUUUCCAGUCAAAAUGGUACUAAUCAGUCUGAUACAGAGAAUACCCCUUUGGAUUUAGACUCAAAAGUGUUGAAUGGCUUUGUAGUACAAUCAAGCAGUGUUUUGCCAAAUUCUGCUGUUCCCAUCGGAUCUGUGGAACCUAAAAGGGCACUGGAGGUUAGGCCAGCAGAUACACAUGUUGUUUCAGGUGGGGACUCUCUUGAAAGAACCGAAAACCUUACUCCUUGUAAACCAAAGAAUACAUGUUCUACCCUCCCUGAAAAGAGAACUUGCCCAGAGGGAGAAUUUUCCAAGCCAAUAAAUAUAUCUAUUUCAAAUGAGACUGUAAAGAAAGAGAGCAUUGAGAUGGUGUCAGCCGAUGCCGAAAACCAAGAUCCUUACAUGAUGAGUCUUCAGAACCUCUUUAAAAAAUCCAGGGAAUAUAGUCAGAGAGAACAAACCAGGCAUAGCUUGCGAAGCAGUUCAAGAAGAAGUGGGAGUGAAAGCCAUUCAGACAAAGAAAAUGACUUGGUUAAAACAAAUGACUUGACAAAAGAGAGAGGCAAAUUAAGUGGCAGAAGUUGUAUGGGUUUGGCACCUGAUAAGUCAAGUCUUCCUAAAUCUAAUACUUCUCUGCCGAAUACUUCAGUCCCCAAAACUAAUUUGAGUGUAGUGGCAUCAUCCAGUUUUUCUAAGGUAGAUAUACCAAUGAGAUGUGGAACACCUCCUGUUUUGGAUUCAGAUUCAGAUGAUGCCCCAUUCUUUGAACAUGACAGUAGCAUUUUCCGAAGCUUUACUGGCUCUUACUCCAAAUUACCCAGUCCUGAGCCUAGUAUGAGUCCCAAAAUGCACAGAAGACGCCCAAAGCCUUCUUCAUUGGGACAUAUUGUCAUUACCAACCCUGUAUAUUCCUAUGAAUUAAGUCCUAAAGAAAAGCGAAGAGCAACAGGCUUGGCUACACAAAAUGCUGGUGACAAGCAAACUGUAUCUGAUCCUGUGCCAGACUUUAUUCCUGUUUGCCCUAGCAUUGUUCAUGCUUUUUGCAAAAGCUCCUUGGAUACCUUUGAUGAAUUCAUGGUUGGCAAACAGAAUCAAGUGUGCCAACAAUCAGCCGGUCAACAAGAAAACAGAAGAUCCCUAAUCGAGGGAGAGUUGACCUUAGAUACUGAAGAUAUAUUACAGCCUUGCCUUUCAGACUCUACCCCACCAGAGCUACAUUCAGUCAGUUGUCCCAUUAUGGCUCAAAACAAAGCAAAUGCCAGUGGUGUUGGACAAAUCAGCUUGCUGGACAAAGCCAAAUGUUGUGUGCCUGUGGAACUCAAUAAAUCAUAUGAUACAGAAAACCCUUCUCCUUUACUGUUACAGACACAGUGUGAACAACAGAUGAAUUCAUCAGAUGUGUCUCUUACAAAUGAACAGAUAUUAGAAAAUAGCUUGGAAAAUAUAAAACAGAGGCUUGAGCUGGACAUAUACAACAUGCAGAAGGAAAAUGGGACUUGCACCAUGACUGAAGAAACCGAUGUACAACAGAAGCAGUGGCUGCACGAUCAGAAGUAUCCAGUAGGGGCUUCAUUUGGUACCAAGAAAGAAGCACUGGAAAGACAUACCAGUGAAUAUAUUCUAAAACAGAAAAUGUUGGGCUUUGAAGAACUGAGGAAGAAGCUUGAAGAGCAGCAUGCUCAACAGCUGUCGUUGUUAAUAGCCGAGCAAGAGAGAGAACAGGAGCGACUGCAGAAGGAAAUAGCAGAGCAGGAGCGAAGAUUAAAAGGCGAGAAGACUGCCGUUGCUGAAAUGGAAGUUCCUCGUAUUACUAUUACCAGUGGGAUUGAUUUGGAGUGGAGGAAGAUCACUGACACUCACUUGAUGUUUACUCGAGUGGAAACAAUCCAGGGUGCAAACUCAGAGAAUGCUGGUAUUGCCAGUGCCACUGUGACUGGAUCAGUUGCUGAAUCUCCAUUCUACCUUUGGGAACCACCAGUGAGCAGAAAAUCCAUUACAGCAUCCAGGGCUGUGAACAGAAGUAAAAUGAGAUGGUCUCAGGUGUAUAGUCCUGAAAUGAAAAGAAAAUUGAACAAGAUCUCGGCUUUGGCAAAGGGAUUCUUAACUCGAAGACUUUUGCAAACGGAGAAGCUGAAACAUCUCAGGCAAACUGUAAAAGAUACAAAGGAGUUUAUUAAAAACUUCCAGUCAGAAGCUCCAUUAAAGAGAGGAAACGUUUCAGCUCAAGAUGCUAAUCUGCAGGAAAGGGUGGCAGCUCAGUUGAGAGCAGCACUGUAUGAUAUCCAUGAUAUUUUCUUCAAAACGGAAGUGUCUGAGAAAAUGAACAUCCUGCGUCAUGAUCGAGAAGUCCGAAAAGAGAAAAUGCUCCGCCAGCUGGAGAAAGCCAAGGCCCCAAAAGAGAGAGUGACACUUUCUACAGCUACACAGAAGUCUCUGGAUAGAAAGAAAUACCUGAAGGCUUCUGAAAAGGGUAUGCUAAAUAAAAAGGUGAUUGUGAAGCAAAAAACACCAGAGAACAGAGUUCUUCAGCCAAAUCAAGGCCAGAAUGCUCCUAUUCAAAGACUCCUUUCCAGACAAGGAACCUCUAAAACCUCAGUGAAGGGGGCUGAGCAAAAUAGAAAGAAGCCCUCAGAGAGCAGAGUGUCUAACAAGGCCCUUUCAGGAGUAUAUGCAGGAGAAAUCCAAAGAAAGAAGCCAAAUGUUGUGACAACUUAAGAAGACAGCAUUCACUUGGAUAAGCGUUUGCUUCUGAAUGUUUCCUUUAAAAAUGCCAAGCAUCAACUCUGUGAUUGUUUAGAUUUAAUGAGAUGGUGAAUGGAAUGAAAAUAAUAACAGUUUACUCUGCAUGUUUCUCUUAUGAGUGUUGCUUACAUCCCCAAAAGAACAUACAUUGUAUUUUCUCAGGAAGAACAGCUUUUGUAAACUGGAACAUAUCCUGCACCACUUAGAAUGCUAUACAUACACUUAAGAUGGCAGUUUAUACCUUAUAUAUUAAUAGUUGUCUAUGUAAUUGUUUGAAUUUUAUUUAAGGCACUUCUAAAAAAGGAUUGCAUUCAGCUCCAGCUGUGUGUGGAUUCUCUUAUGAUUGCCAUCUUUUAACCAUACAGAAUGUUGUUCUUAACCACUUCAGCACUACUAAAAUCAAUGGGACUAAUGUUGUCUUUCAUUGCAAAUAUAUUGGCUAAAGUAUCCGUGGCUGGUAUGCUUCAUCUUGCAGCAUAAAUACUGCUUUUUCCUGCCAGUCAUGCUCCCCUAACAUUUUGUGAAAUAUCCCUUUUAAAAUAUCAUAAAGCUUGAAUUUUUAGCAAACAUGAAAUGUGCAUUUAGCAGAACCAUCUCUUGUAUGUCAACAAACCAGAGUUUUGAAGUGCCAGUUUCCUGAAUAAGUCUGAAAGAUGACCAAGGCUGCAUCUGAACACCACUUCAACUGCCAUGGAAUUCUGGGAAUUGUAGUUUGCUGUGGUGCUAGAGUUCUCUGACAGAGAAGGCUCACACAACAAUUCCCAGAAUUCCAUAGCAUUGAGACAUUGAUGUUGCCGUAGUGUCAAACUGGAUUAUUUCGACAGUGUAAAUGCAAUCAAAGUAUAUUAAAAAUGAAAGCAGUUCUUUUAAGAGGCUUCUUUUGCUAAACAUUUGCCCCAUUUCCCCCCUAAACCCAAUUAGUCUUUGGAUAGUUGCUGGAGAAACAAGCUUUUUCUGGGUAUGAUUAUAAUCUCCCGAGUGCUAAUUAUACCACAGAUUCUGAUCUGUCAUCUUCAUUCAAAACAACAAAUAUAGAAAUGUUGAAUAAACGUUAUAAAAUGCUUUUGGCCCUUAGAUUCUGUGCAGUUUCACAGAAUUUUACAUUCUUGUAAUUAACAAAGCCAUUUCUGAAAAAGGGACUUGCUUUGGAAUUUAUUUCCAACUACUGUUUCUAUGAAAGGAACCUCUUUAGAUCACAUUAUGGCUUUGAAAUGUUGAAUCAAAAACAGCCGUGAUGGGGAACGUGCACCUAAUUUAUUAUUAGCUGGUAUUAGUUGACGCCACUGUAUUUGGCGCAUAGAAGAUACAGUGGGACCUUGAUAUCCCCAGGGGAUUUAUUCAAGACACAUAUACACACCCACUGGAGGCCAAAAUCUGUGGAACCUCAAGCCCUGUUGGUGCAGCAUGCGCAUGGCCGCACUGCCAUUAAGGACAGCCCUGUGGUGGCAGGGCCACAUGCAUGUGCCACCAUUGGGGACAAUGGGGGGCUGUCCCUAAUGUGGUGUGGCCACGUGCACAUGCCACCAUUGGGGAUAAGGUAGGCUUACCAUCCACGGAUGCUUAAAUUCGUGGAUGUCAAGUCUGCAGAUAGUGAAGCUCCACUGUAUUAAGCCUGAUUAUAUUAAUAUUCAAUUGUUAGCCUAGCAUUAUAUGAAUUAGGAAUUUGAUAUCUGGCACCAUUAUAGUUUGGAUUUAAAUUAUUUGACAUAAAUUCAGUGACAUAAUUCAGCUCUAAAGUGAGGAAAGACAUGAAAAAUUGCCACAUCUAUUAAUUUAUAUGGAAAUGACUGUAAAUGUCUUCGUUAUGUAAAUUUUCUAAUGCUCUUGUAUAUCAUGCAGUGUUUUGAAGUAACCUUCUGGAGUGUCUCUUUGGGGGGAGGGAGGUUACAGUAAUAUCAGUGCAAAAGGGGAUGGCAAAAGUUAACAGGCUGCUUAGCGGUUCUGUAACAUAGUGAAGUGUUCACAUAUAACAAGUCGCAAUUGCUGUCCUGCUUGGGUUUUACUAUAUAUUAGCAGCAAGUACAUGUGGGUAAAUUUAAAAAGCCAAGGAUGUACAGCCAAAUGUGAUGUGAUGUCCAGACCUAGACUUCUCGUCUUAUUUCUCUAAAACAAGCUUUGUCAGUGAAUCUUGGUUUGUUUGGGAGCAACAAACCAGGAGCCUGGGCUUGGAUGCUACAUGAAACUUUACACUUCUGGCUUGCUUUAUCUGCUUGAGUGAAGAGACGACCAAAGGAGGACAGAAUUAACUUCUCAUUUAUAGGAAACCAGAAUAAGCCAACCAUAUUUAAACCUGUUUAAAAGGCUCCUGUUGGCUAAUUUAUGCAGCACAAUGCAAUCAUUUUCUGAUAGAUUAAUCUAUUGGAAUCCUAAAUAGUUCUUAGAUUUUACUUGUGGUUUGUAAUGCUUUUGCAUGACUUGAGUAUUUCCCUUAAAGGUGCAAGAAAGCAUAACAAAUGAUUUAACAAAUUAAUGUAUCUUAAGAAUUGUGGAUAUUGCCUUAUAGAUUAGAAAUAAGACUACAGAUUACUUGAUAUGCCAGUGCUAAAAGGGGUGUUUGUUGUGUGCAGUGGUGUUACCUUAGGAGUAGAGUAUUUAAAUAGAAGGAUUUUUGGAAAUACAGACCAGUGAUUACUUUGAUGUUUCUUGAAGGCACUUGAUCUCUUUUGUAAUUUGGUAUGUUUUAUAUUUAUUUAUUACUUUAAUUUUCAGUUCACUUUUUUAUUUUGAGUUGAAUGCAAUAUCAUAAAAGUUAUUUUUGUACUUUCAUUUUCACUUCCUGAAGCGUAUUGCACAAUAAAACUUUU